AUGUCUGACACUCACAGCAGCCCUCUCCUGCCAGAGCCCCCUUCCAGCAGAUACAAACGCUACGAGGCAGAGUUUACCAGUGCUACCUGGCCCUCAAGUCCCCAAGACACCCACCCAGCUUUGCCUCUCCUGGAAAUGCCAGAGGAGAAGGAUCUCCGGUCAUCCAAUGAAGACAGCCACAUCGUGAAAAUCGAAAAGCCCAGUGAAAGGGGCAGAAGGGGAGAAAGCGGGGCAGCCCACCGGAGUUCUGCAGGCCGAGGAGGCAUCAGCUUCUUCCAAGCGGUGGGCUACCUCACCGGCGACAUGAAAGAGUGCCGGAGCUGGAUGAGAGACAAGCACUUGGCCCUCCAGUUCAUGGACUGGGUCCUGAGGGGGACCUCACAGGUGAUGUUCGUCAACAACCCUCUCAGCGGGUUCAUCAUCUUAAUCGGGCUCCUGAUCCAGAAUCCCUGGUGGACCAUCGCUGGGGCCCUGGGGGCUGCGGUCUCCACCUUGACCGCCCUCGCCUUGAGCCAGGACAGGUCCGCCAUCGCCUCGGGACUCCACGGCUACAACGGCAUGCUGGUGGGAUUGCUGAUGGCCGUGUUCUCAGACAAGCUAGACUACUACUGGUGGUUGCUGCUUCCUGUGACCUUCACAGCCAUGACCUGCCCGGUGCUGUCUAGUGUGCCUGAGCCUCGGAGUGACCUGAGGCUGGUGGUCGGCUCCGGGGCUCUCACCCGGGGUCCUCGGAGACAACCACAUUCCAAACCUAAGCCCCUCACUCCACCACCAGGGCAGAUGCUGCAGCAAACCAUGCAGAACCUUUUCAGAAAGGCUGCCCUAACCCCCACCCCACACUGCGAGGCUCGACAACCCAGUACCGAGAGGAUUGGUGUGGUGUGGGUCACAGGGAAAAGAUGCCUCCUGUUCAUCCUCAAAAUAAGCCAUCAGAAAGUGGUCACCGUCAAGCUCAGGGACCUGUGGGUGGUGGACCACCCUCCAGAUGUGCUGCACAUUACCUUGCACAGCACUGAGCACUUCUUGAGAGCAGGGGGAGCCUCGGAUGACAGCUCGGUGCUGGGGAGAGGAGAGGUGCCUUCGGGCUCAGGCGGCCCGUGUCUCUCGCCAGCCGGAGUGCACAGCUGCCCUCCAGUCCCACCCUAUCACCUGCCCCAGGAAUGGUUCACAUCUGGCUCUGAGGCGCGGUCUUCACAGGACCCGUAUUCUGUGACUUUGCAGCUGUUACAGGCCAUCCCCGUCGGGGUUGGCCAGGUGUAUGGCUGUGACAACCCAUGGGCCGGCGGCGUGUUCCUGGUGGCCCUGUUCAUCUCCUCGCCACUCAUCUGCUUGCACGCAGCCAUUGGCUCCAUCGUGGGGAUGCUGGCAGCGCUGACAGUGGCCACGCCCUUCGAGACCAUCUACUCGGGCCUCUGGAGUUACAACUGUGUCCUCUCCUGUAUCGCCAUCGGAGGCAUGUUCUACGCCCUCACCUGGCAGACCCACCUGCUGGCUGUCGUCUGUGCCCUGUUCUGUGCAUACAUGGGAGCAGCCAUCUCCAACAUCAUGGCAGUGGUUGGCGUGCCACCAGGCACCUGGGCCUUCUGCCUGACCACCCUCAUCUUCCUACUCCUGACGACCAACAAUCCCGCCAUCUACAAGCUCCCACUCAGCAAAAUCACCUACCCAGAGGCCAACCGCGUCUACUACCUGACCCUGAAAAGCACUGAGGAGGAGAAGUCCCCCAGCGGCGGCGGUGGGGAGCAGCUUCCCGACCCGAAGGCCGAGGAGGGCUCAGAGGCCACACUCCCCAGACGCAAGAGCGUGUUUCACAUCGAGUGGUCGUCCAUUCGGAGGCGGAGCAAAGUGUUUGGAAAAGGCGAACACCAGGAGAGACAGGCCAAAGACCCGUUUCCCUACCAGUACCGGAGGCCCACGGUUGAGCUGCUUGAUCCAGAUACCAUGGAGGAAAGCUCGGAGAUCAAAGUGGAAACCAAGAUCUCCCGGACCUCCUGGGUCCAGAGCUCCCUGGCAGCCGGAGGGAAGAGGGUCAGCAAAGCCCUCAGCUACAUCACGGGAGAGAUGAAGGAGUGUGGGGAGGUGCUCAAAGACAAGUCCCCCGUGUUCCAGUUCCUGGACUGGAUCCUCCGAGGCACGUCGCAGGUGAUGUUCGUGAACAACCCGCUCAGCGGCAUCCUCAUUGUCCUCGGGCUCUUUGUGCAGAAUCCCUGGUGGGCCAUCUCUGGCUGCCUGGGCACCGUGGUGUCCACCCUCACGGCUCUCAUCCUGAGUCAGGACAGGUCAGCCAUCGCAGCCGGCCUCCACGGCUAUAACGGGGUACUGGUGGGACUGCUGAUGGCCGUGUUCUCAGACAAGGGUGACUACUACUGGUGGUUGCUGCUCCCAGUCACUGUCAUGUCCAUGUCAUGCCCUGUCCUCUCCAGUGCCCUGAGCUCCAUCUUCAGCAAGUGGGACCUCCCGGUCUUCACACUGCCCUUCAACAUCGCCGUGACCCUGUACUUGGCGGCCACAGGCCACUACAACCUCUUCUUCCCCACAAUGCUGCUGCAACCUGCCUCUGCUGUGCCCAACAUCACCUGGUCAGAGGUUCAAGUGCCUCUGCUGCUGAGAGCCAUCCCUGUGGGGAUCGGCCAAGUGUACGGCUGCGAUAACCCCUGGACCGGGGGCAUCUUCCUCGUAGCGCUCUUCAUCUCUUCGCCUCUGAUCUGCUUGCAUGCAGCAAUUGGAUCCACCAUGGGGAUGCUGGCAGCGCUCACCGUCGCCACGCCUUUCCACUCCAUCUACUUCGGCCUGUGCGGCUUCAACAGCACACUGGCAUGCAUCGCCGUGGGCGGCAUGUUCUACGUCAUCACCUGGCAGACGCACCUGCUGGCCAUCACCUGUGCACUGUUCGCCGCCUACCUGGGUGCUGCUCUGGCCAACAUGCUGUCUGUGUUUGGACUGCCACCCUGCACCUGGCCCUUCUGCCUCUCUGCACUCACCUUCCUGCUCCUGACAACCAACAACCCUGCCAUCUACAAGCUGCCACUCAGCAAAGUCACCUACCCGGAGGCCAACCGUGUCUACUACCUCACCCAGGAGAGACACAGGCGAGCAUCCACCAUCACCAAGUACCAGGCCUACGACAUCUCCUAA